AUGACCGGCUACUUUCCUGUCAGAACGCUGCAGACGUCUGCGCAUGUGUCUUCAUUGACAUUCGGACAUUCGGGUCACAUCUUUGCUGGCUGUGACGACGGGACUCUUCGCGUCUACGACCUCUCUACUUUCAAGGUGCUUAAGGCGGUCCGAAGUUUGGGCUCAGAGGUCUCUUCAAUUGCAUGUGUGAAGCGCCCGGGCUCGGAUUUGCGAGAUGCCUGGAUUGCCUGUGGGAGGGGGGUCUAUCUGUUCCAAAUGGACAGUCCAGCAAUGGUCCUGACGCCCUCUGAUUCCCUGGCAUCGGUUGACAUAUGUUCGCCGGACGGGGAUGAUGUACUGAACGAAAUCAGCCUGGAUGCCAGCAAGAGUCGGCUUGCCUUUUGCACGGAUAACGGUCUGGUAGGAGUAAUAGAACUGGGCAGCAAAAGCGUUUCCAUCAUGAAGACAAAACACGACAACGUAUGUGGAUGUGUCAAGUUCAUCCCGGACCGACCUCGGGAGCUCGUGAGCGGUGGAUAUGACAAGGCCCUUAUCCACUUUGAUUACACGCAGGAGAGUGUUCUAUCUAGGCAUGACAUCUCAUUACAACCAACAAACGGGUCAAUGUCGUUUUCCCCGCCUUUCAUACUUUGCACGGCACUUUCAGAUGCUGGUGUUAUCGCAGCAGGAACUGCCGAUGGCCACAUCUGGCUUGGGCGUGGUGGAGUGAGGCUUCCGUCCAAGGGAAAGAAAACCCGGAAAUGGAAUGGUUUAGAUUCCGAGAGGGCGUCCUUGCACAAGCUGGCUAAUGGACCCAUUGUCACCAUCGCGUUUUGUAACUCCAAUACACUCAUAUUUUCAACCUUAUUGGGCAACAUAACAGAGCUUCGCUUGAAUCAUGACCGCAAGCAAGGAGAAGAACAUGUUUUACCUGUCUGGCAGCAACAAGCGAAAUGUCUAGCCAAGGUCAAUGCACUAGUCGUUGAUGACAAAAAAUUAGUCCUGGGAGGGAUAUGUAGAGAUGGGAAAGGUAUUAUAGAGAUAUGGCGAAAGGACGUUAUUACACCGUGA